AUGGAGCCCUACCUUGCCGGCGGUCUGAGGAGCGUGUACUCGUCUGUGAGCACAUUGGGUCGCAGUCAAUACCCGACCCUGCCACUAGGGGCUAGCCUCUCCAAUGGGCCCUGGACCCCUCAGUACCCCUUCCUGGCCCGCAGUCCCUCAGCGGCGGGUUACUCGGAUUCUGUCUUCCUGGACGAGGCGCCAGACGACUCCUCGACGCUCCCAGCCAGCCCCGGGCGCUACCGCCAAGACCCCACCUACUCCAAUGGGAGCCAGGGGGAUCUAGAGACAGACGGCCCCCCCGCCCUACAGCACCAUCCUCACCACCUCCAUCACUCAUUGCCGAGACGAUGUUACGGCUACAGUCACAACCAUGCUCUUCCAGAGUAUGUAAAUCAGCAGAUGAAUGUUUCGAGGCCGGCGGUGCCGGAGCGACCCAGCACGCUGCCUCGUAAGGCGGCGCGAGCAGAGCGGGGCCUCCCAAACGGGCUGAGCUCCGGGCACAGCGUGGAGAACCCGGAGUACCUGGUGCCCACGGGCUCCGGCUCCGCCUCCCCCGCCUUCGACAACCCCUACUACCUGGACCUCCUGGCCAAGGUGAAGGCCGUGGGUGAGGCCGGGACCGUGGGCGGGGAUGCGGAGAAUGCGGGUGGAGAGACGCGACAGGUGAACGGGUUCCUUGCUUCGACGGCGGAAAACCCCGAGUAUCUGGGACUGGCAGACACCUGGAGCGGGCACACAUGAGGACCGGACACUGGGAAGAGGUGGGAGAGACUGGGAGGAACUGGGAGCUGCUGGAAGGUGAAGGGGGAGACAAGCCGGCGGCAUGGGAUAACAGGAUUGUAAGGAGAACAGGUGCCAAGGAAAAUGAAUGUGUGUGUGUGUGUACGUCAGUAGUAGCGUGUGUGUAGCAAUGUGUGUGUGCGUAGCAGGGUGUGAGAGCAUCCACACACUGGAGUCCUCCCUGCUUUUGACCGUGAGCAGGAAAAACCGUGUCGGACUGCGGAGACGACGCCCGCGCGAGGGAUUUCACGGAAAGGUCUCGGCAAAACGGGAACGACACGACACGCGGAAACGGCGUCAGCUGCGGAUUCCCCGGCGCGCAACACCCACGUGGGGGCAAAACCUCAGCCGGCCGGCUGGUGCCGAUGGACCCGUGCUGUUGUACUGACCCGUGGCGUCCUCGCCGUGCCGUCCCGAACGCUACAACCACGUUUACACUGCGUGUGUCGUAGCUCGGUAGACUUUCGGCAAAAGGAUUCUGAGAGUUCUCGACCCCUUUCGUGGUACUAGCUGGUAAAAACCCAACUGUGGAAUAGU